UGCCGGCGGUGCUCUGCCGUGUGGGUCCGGGCGGGUACAGCGGCCGCGGGAGCAGGAAGAGCUGCGCGCCCCCUCCUCCCCCUCGGCCCGGCCGCCCGCCCCAUCAUGAGCGAGAAAGGCGAGCUGGACCUCACCGGGGCCAAGCAGAACACCGGCAUGUGGCUGGUGAAGGUCCCCAAAUACUUGUCACAACAGUGGAAUAAAGCUUCAGGAAGGGGUGAAGUGGGAAAACUAAGGAUUGCCAAAAAUCAAGGAAGAACAGAAGUGUCAUUUACUUUGAAUGAAGAGCUUGCAAGCAUCAGUGAUAUUGGAGGAAAACCUGCUUCAGUCAGUGCACCAAGGGAACAUCCAUUUCUUUUGCAAAGUGUGGGAGGACAGACCUUAACAGUGUUCACAGAAACUGCAGUAGAAAGCCAACCAGAAGAAAAAUCUGACACCAGCAGCACUGAUAAACUUGCCUUGGAAGGAAUAAUCGUGCAACGUGCUGAAUGCAGACCUGCGGCUAGUGAAAAUUACAUGAAACUGAAAAGAUUACAGAUAGAAGAGUCUUCUAAACCUGUUAGGCUAUCACAGCAGCUGGAAAAAGCCGUAACCACAAACUACAAGCCGGUGGCUAAUCAUCAAUAUAAUAUUGAAUAUGAGAGGAAGAAGAAAGAAGAUGGAAAACGGGCUCGAGCUGAUAAACAACAAGUGUUGGACAUGCUCUUUUCAGCCUUUGAGAAACAUCAGUAUUAUAACAUUAAAGACCUGGUGGACAUAACCAAACAGCCAGUGAUAUACUUGAAAGAAAUUUUAAGAGAAAUAGGCAUCUACAAUGUGAAGGGGACCCACAAGAACACAUGGGAGCUGAAGCCAGAGUACAGACACUACCAAGGAGAAGAAAAGAGUGAUUAACAAAAGUGUUUAUGAAGCAGGAGAGAAUUAGAAUGAUUGCACUGAGGGAACCAUGGUGGAUUUACAGACAGCACUGAGCACAGUGAGUUCUGCAAGGAUCAAGUUAAAUUAAAGUAGAUGAUGCUUUGUAAUUUUCUGUAGCUUCAUUUUUUUUUCCAAGGAAUAUUUCUCGUACAUUUCUGUAGGUGUUACGUCUUUUGACAGGAAAAAUGUUUAUAGAAUAAACUUGCAUUAGAUUUAUCUUUAUUAGAAAUCUUGAAUUCUCAUCUUACUUUUUAUUGGGUUUGUGGCUUUUUUCUCCUUUUAUGGCUUUUCCAAGCCUCGGUGACUUUGAAGGACAAGUUGUCCAAGAGGAAGCCAUAACUUUGUGGUUUUGUAUCCCAGUAGAACCAGGAUAAUACCCUCACUUCUGCUGGGAUCUGUCAGGCUUUCAUCUGGAAGGCUGGAAAGGUACACAGCCCCUUGGCUGGAGCAGACAUGAUGCUCCUUUUGGGAUCAGAUUGUAGGACAAACGGCCACAGCUGCGGUGCUCAUCACAUCCUUAAACGCCAGGGGAGCAAACCAGCACAGUUAAGAAUCUGUAAAGCAAAGGCUGUUUGAUACACAGGUUAUUGGGAAGAUAACAGUCCCCCCAUGGUGAUUACUAAGAAAAAAAAAAUGCAAUGUCUGUCUCUUAGGUACAUCAAGGAAUAGAUUCAUCUUUUUAUGAUGUUACCCAUGUUUUAUGUAUAUGCAGAUCAAUAAAAGCGUUAUUUUAAUUUGUACCACACAA